AUGGCCGACCCCAAGGACAACGCUUCAUCCUCCGCCAAUGCUUCCGAGAAAGCUCCGGCGGGUGGCCGUGUAGGCGCCUGGACCGACGCCGAGCGCUACCAGCUCUUGCUUCGCGUUCUCGCGGUUCUGCUUCCUGAUGGCAAGGGAGUCGAUUGGAAGAACAUCAACAUGCCCAACCGUACCCUCAAAGCGAUCCAAGGCCAAUGGACUUCGAUCGUAGUCCAGAUGCGUGAGCUCGGCAUGGAAGGCGAGGGUAACACCGCCGCUCCCAAGGCCAAAAGUCCUCGCAAGAAGGCGGCGCCGAAGCAAAAGGCUACUGCUGCCGGUGACGGACAAAACGCCAACGAGGAUACCGGCGACGAUCAGGAUGACGAGGAGACCAAGAAGAAAGCCACUCCCAAGAAGCGCGCCGCUGCCACCAGUGCUGACAGCACUCCCAAAAAGCGUCGUACUCCUGCCAAGAAGUCGGCCCCCAAGGUCGAGAACGAUGCCGAGUCUGAUAAUGAGGCUGCCGUUCCGAAGAAGGAGGACGAGAACGGUGAUGAUGAUUUGGCCGGAGCCGUCUAA